GCCCGGCUGUGUGGAGGGACUCGGGCUUGGACCAUCACAACCUCCAGGAUUUCAUCGAGCUGUGCUACAACCCGGGCUGUAUCCUGCCGGAGAUGGAGGGGCUGGAGGAGUUCAUGGAGUACCUCUCGGAGUCGCUGCAGCCCCCCCCAUCCCCUUUUGACCUCCUCGAGCCGCCCACCAUGGUGGGCUUCCUCAAGCUCUCCAAGCCCUGCUGCUAUAUCUUCCCGGGCGGGAGAGGGGACUCGGCUUUCUUCGCCGUUAACGGCUUCAACGUUCUGGUCAACGGAGGCUCCAACCCCAAAUCAUCCUUCUGGAAGCUGGUCCGGCACCUGGACCGUAUCGACUCCAUCCUGGUGACGCACGUGGGCACGGACAGCCUGCCCGGAGUCAACAGCCUGCUGCAGAGGAAGCUGGCCGAGCUGGAAGAGGAUCCGUCAUCCCAGAGCUCGCAGGGCAACGGGGACUGGGCGAAGAACCUCAUCUCCCCGGAGCUGGGUGUCGUCUUCCUCAACGCCUCCGAGAAGCUGAAGGACAUCGAGGGCAAUUCCCGGGUGCUGAAGAGCUGCGACGAGGCUGCCCUCACCCUGCACUACCUGGAAAAGCUGGGCAUCCGUCCCAACCCGCUGGCCCGGGACAGGGGACCCCGCGCGGAGCCCACCAUCCUCUUCCAGAAGAUGGGAGUGGGCCGGUUGGACAUGUACAUCCUGAACCCCGUGAAGGGCAGCAAGGAGCUGGAGUUCCUCCUGCAGCAGUGGUCGGGAAACAGCUACCCCAAGGAGCAGGAGCUGCCGCUGCAGUGCCUGACCUCCGUCUGCGCCCUGCUCGUCUGGCACCCCGUCAGCCCCUCCGAGAAGAUCAUCCGCGUCCUCUUCCCCGGCUGCACCCCCCAGGGCCGUAUCCUGGAGGGGUUGGAGAAGGUGAAGCACCUGGAGUUCCUCAAGUAUCCCGUGGUCACCAAGAACGACUUGAAGGGCCGGGAAAAGCCGCUCAAGCCGAGGAGGGCGGAGAGCAAGGAGAGCCUGAAGUCAGGUUCCAAGCUCAGCUUGGCGGACAGCGGGACACCGGCGCCCAAGGAGAAGGCUCCCUCAAAGGUGGAGAGGAAGGAGGUGAAGGCAGGGGCCAAGGAGAAGCCAAAACCCCUGGGGGAGACGGCCAGAGCGGGGUCGGAAGAGGAGAAGGCCAAGGACGCUCGGGCCAAGCUGGACACUUCGCUGGAGAAGCUGAAGGCGGAUGUGAAGGCCGAGACGCUGCGGAAGGACACCGGCAAGGCAGAGGCCAAGGCUCCUGCCAAGACCCCGGCCCGGAAAACACCGGUCCCGGAGAUGCGCAAACCCCUGGCCAAGGCCGGCAGCAUCAAGAAACCCCCCUCCAAGAAGGAGCCGGAGAAGCCCAAGGCCAAAACCCCCCGGGAGGCAAGCGCCAAGAAGGAACCGGGGCCCUCGGACGGUUCCAAGUCCUCCUCCCCCGAGGACAUGCUGCCCGAG